AUGACGCCGCCGCCAGCCGCCGAGGACGACUUGGCUCUGGUCGGGUCCUGGCUGGAAUCGAACCCUACGGUGGUCGAACGUUGGCUGAAGGAACACGCCUCCCCCGAGCUAAGGCAGCGUUUUCAGAAAGCUCUUCUCUCACCGGUGCAGGCGGUCAAGAACUCCAACGUUUCCUCUGACAUAUUUCAGUUGUGGUUGGCAGCUUCGCCGAACAAUGAUGAACAACAGCAUCUUCAGAAUGUCCGUCCUAAACAUGAUCUUGCAUCCAUGGAGGAGUCGGAACUCUUCAUGGAACUCAUCCGAGAUGUCGCCAACGAGCUCGACAUCGACGUACUUUGCUUCAAGAUAUUGAAGAACGUCAGCAUCCUCACACAUGCAGACAGGGGUUCCCUGUUUCUUUCGAGGAUAUCCGGGAAUGAGAGGUACCUCGUAGCGAAAUUGUUUGACGUGAGGCACGAUACGUCACUGGAAGAGGCUGUUAAGUUGGCUAGAUCGGAGGAGAUUAGAAUUCCUUUUGGAGUGGGAAUUGCCGGAACAGUUGCACAAAACAAAACGUUAAUAAACAUUAAGGAUGCGUACAAGGAUCCCCGUUUCAAUAGCUCAAUCGACCUGAGGACUGGCUAUAAAACAAAUUUAAUUCUGUGUAUGCCCAUCUGCAAUUACGAGGGCGACGUUAUCGGGGUGGCCCAGAUAAUAAAUAAAACGAACGAUUCCCAGGAGUUUACCGCCCAUGAUGUCGAGGUUUUCCAAAGGUAUCUAACUUUCUGCGGUAUUGGGAUACAGAACGCACAACUUUUCGAAGUUUCGGUUUUGGAAUAUAAGAGAAAUCAGAUAUUACUCAACUUGGCUCGUAGCAUUUUCGAGGAACAGAAUAAUCUGGAAUGCCUGGUAACGAAAAUAAUGCGAGAGGCUCAAGAUUUAUUAAAAUGUGAAAGAUGCGCCGUCUAUCUUUUAGACCUCGACUGCUGUGAGGCGAAUCAUUUGGAACGCAUAGUGGAACGACCCGGCAGAAUAGUUCAACGUCAUGCACCUUUGAAUAGGGUGGAAAGUCGAACUGUGACUGCGGAAGAUAUGAGGGAGAAUGGUUUAAGGAAACCCAGUUUAUUUACGACUGUAUUUGAACUCAGAGAAGGGGGAACACAGACGCUGGUUUCUAGACCCUCGUCCUUUGACCUAGCUAGCUCGACAAUGGCCCAAAUAGCGGGCUACGCUGCAUCAACCGGUCAAAUCCUCAAUAUCGGCGACGUGAGAGCCUGGCUGAAGGAAAAACACAGCGAGGGGGACGCUGAAUCGGCGAGAACGAUUCUUUGCAUGCCUAUAAUAAAUGGCCAAAGGACGCUUAUAGGUGUCGCCCAGUUAAUAAAUAAAGAAAACAACGCACCAUUUACAGACUGUGAUGUUUCGCUUUUCGAGGCAUUCGCAAUUUUCUGCGGUCUCGGUAUACACAACACCCAAAUGUAUGAGAAUGCCUGCAAGUUAAUGGCCAAACAAAAAGUUGCCUUGGAAUGCCUUUCAUAUCAUGCCACAGCCAGCAUUGACGCCACGGAAAAACUCUUGAAGGAGGAUAUUCCCACCGCGGACUGCUUUAAUUUGUACAGUUUUACGUUUAUCGACUUUGAUCUUUCAGAUGCCGACACUUGCAAGGCUACGAUAAGGAUGUUCCUCGAAUGUAAUUUGGUACAGCAGUUUCACAUUCCAUAUGAGGUUCUUUGUCGGUGGAUACUGAGCGUAAAGAAAAACUACAGACCCGUGAAGUAUCACAAUUGGAGGCAUGCCCUUAACGUGGCUCAAACAAUGUUCGCCAUGUUCAAGACCGGAAAAAUGGAAAGGUUUAUGAGCGACUUGGAGAUACUGGGACUGCUGGUAGCUUGUCUCUGUCACGAUUUGGACCACCGAGGCACGAACAACGCAUUCCAAACGAAAACCGAUUCACCUCUGGCUGUUUUGUACUCGACGAGCACCAUGGAGCACCAUCACUUCGAUCAGUGCGUCAUGAUUCUAAAUACAGACAGCAAUAAUAUAUUUCAAGCGUUGUCCCCUGAAGAUUACAGAAAAGUGAUGAAAAUGGUGGAAACGGCAAUUUUAUCCACGGAUCUAGCCAUGUAUUUUAAAAAGAAAAAUAAGUUUUUAGAACUUAUAGACAAUGGCGAAUUUGACUGGCAGAGCGAAGACAAAAAAGAAUUGUUAUCUGGAAUGAUGAUGACAGCAUGCGACGUAAGUGCUAUUGCAAAACCGUGGGAUGUUCAACAUAGGGUGGCAAAACUAGUUGCUGAUGAAUUUUUCGAUCAAGGAGACCUGGAAAAAAUGCAGCUUAAGGAACAACCAAUCGCAAUGAUGGAUCGCGAACGGAAAGAUGAGCUACCCCAGAUGCAAGUGGGUUUUAUCGACGUGAUUUGUUUACCACUCUAUAGAGUGCUGUCAGAGACAUUUCCAUGGGUGAAACCACUAUAUCAAGGAACGUUAGAAAAUCGCCAACACUGGCAAGAUUUAGCAGAAAAGGUAGAAAUGGGUCUUACGUGGAUUGACCAUGAUACCAUAGAUAAACCCGUAGAAGCCUUCACAGAUCCGGAAGAAACCAAAGAUAUAGAACUGACUGUCCAAACCCUUCACACCGUGUCAACUGCUCCUCCUAUAGAAGUAAAGAAACGAAGUAAACAUAAAUUUUGUUGCUUAUUGUGACAAAAAUUUGAUAAAGUAUUUGAUUUAUAACACUUUCGUCACUUACAUUAUUAGAUCAAAUUAUAAAAUGCUCAUAACUUUCGAAAUGUAUGUACUUAAAAGGUAGAUACAUGAUUUUAUACAGAUAAAGUUUGGUGAUGCUUAGGAAAAUCAACUAAAAGACAUUUUGUAAUAAAAAAAUUUGUAAACCAGAAAAUUGUAUAUAGUAAAUAUUGUUAAAUAAAUAGUAAAAUACCUAGUAUAAAGUA